AUGUUAAACGGGACGGAAAAGGGGGGUCCUUCUCUCCAAUCUUCACCAGUAAAAGUGUCCCCUUCUCCUGUGAGGGCCUCGUCGAGCCCGAUAAGGGCCUUAUCUUCCCCAUUAAAGUCCUCAUUAUCACCAGCGGGGAAGCAAAGGUCUCCGAGGAGGUGCCAGUUUGCACCUCCCGUUGAAGAUGCGAGGGACAAGUGUGGAACUUCGUGGCUAUGUCGACGUGGGGCUGGUGCCGAAGGGACAGAAGAGUCCGGGUCAGAGUCACCUGGCCCCAGCACGCCGUUGCCCCAAGGCUGUGAAGAGUCUGCCCCGCCCCCAAAAAACUGCUACAGACUGGUGAUGUUGGGGUCAGCCCGGGUAGGCAAAACGUCCCUAGUCGCGAGGUUCCUGGGCACCAAGUUUGAGGACUGCUACACUCCAACAAUCGAAGACUUCCACCGCAAACUGUACCGGAUCCGUGGAGAAGUGUAUCAACUAGACCUCUUAGAUACAUCGGGAAACCAUCCGUUUCCUGCUAUGAGAAGACUCUCUUUUUUAACCGGGGACCUCUUCGUGCUAGUAUUCGCGAUGGAUUGUCGUGAAUCGUUCGAGGAGGUGAUUCGCCUGCGAGAGCAGAUCUUGGAGACCAAGGCUAACGCCAGUAGUGGAAGCAGUCGAGGUCGGAAACAGGCACCGAGAGUUCCGAUGGCGAUAGCUGGAAACAAAUGUGACAAAGACUUAAAGACUGUACAACCCGAAGAAGCAAGCGCGUAUUGUGCAACGCAGGACUCAGCCUGCGUAUUUGUCGAAACUUCAGCCAAAAGAAACUUCCAUGUCGACGACCUCUUCUACGAACUCUUCGUUGUAGCAAACUUACCUUUAGAAAUGGCCCCAAAUCAUCACAAACGUGUCAGCACUGCAUUCGGCAGUCCUUGUACCUUACCCCCAACAAGUAGCCAAAGUAGUAGAAGUAAGAAAUGCACCUUAUCCAUAAAAAGACGGCUCUCAGACGCGUGCGGCGUGGUCGCACCUAACGUUAGGAGACCCAGCAUUCGUACUGACCUGAUGAUUAUGCGAACUAAAACAUGUGCCAAAGGGGAUAGCGACAGCGUCAGUGGCAGCCCAAAGCUCAAUUUGAAUAGGCUAGUACGAUCGAAUCCGCAGAACGACAAACGGUCGUGUGCGAUUCAGUGA